AUGCGACAACCGCGCCUCGCCGCCAGCCACUUCUUCACCACACCACCUCCCUCAGACGACGACUUCAUCCCGCCUUCGGGCAACGGCCUCCUCGGCACCUGUCGCGCCCUGCAAUCCCUCCUCAGCGUGUCUCCCGCGCCCCGCGCAUCCUCCAAGCGCCUGCAAAGUCCCCUCCAGCUCCGCUCGCCACCUUCCGCCCGGUCGCGGAAGAACGAGAUCGAGUACGAGUCCUCCACAACCACCACCACAACCACCAGUCUCUCUCCGUCGCGGCCCCCGCGCGGCGCAAACAAACGUCGUCGCGACGCCUACGAAUCCGACUCGGACUCUGAAGCAGACCUACCGCGUCCCCGCUUCUCCACACCCAAACGCCAAAGACAACUCCCCUGCGACUUGCCGCUAGGCCUCUCAUCCUCAGACUUCCACUCGCUUCGCUCGCCCCCAGUCACACAGUCUCCUCCGUCGCCGCGACGACUGUCCUCAUCAGAGGAAGAGGAAGUACAUACAUCGUAUAACCCCGACUCGGCGAUCCCGUCCAUCGAGGACUCUAAGCCCUCUCAAGAGGACGAUAAUCAACAACAGCAAUCCGCCUGGACCCCCUCCACAGACAACCGUCUCAUCAACAUCGUCCUCCAGAAAAUCCAACUCUCGUCACAGGACUGGGCGGACUGCGCCCGGUUAUUAGGACAGGAUGACCAUGCUUCCGUCGGACGGAGGUGGGAGACGCUCCUGAGAGAGGGAAAUGUCGGCUUACGGACGGAUACGGGGCGGAUAGGGAGGGAGGCUUGA